AUUCCUCUUGUCCAACUGACCUCGUUUUCAAGUACAAUAUAAAAGCCUGCAAUAAAACUUGUCGAUUAUUGUCAGAGAGAUAUAGGAGCUGUGAUAUAGAAGAUGUUCCAUUUGAUGGAUGCACUUGCCCUGAUGGAAUGUACCAGAAUAAUGAAGGGAAUUGUGUUCUAAAAUCUCAGUGUGACUGCUACAUAAAUGGCAAGGUCAUGCAACCAGGCAAACUCAUCAAUAUUAAUAACAACAAAUGUGUCUGUCGGGAUGGAAAUUUUCUUUGCCAGACUCCCAUUAGUUCAACCCAACAGAAUUGUUCUGGAGGGGCCGAAUAUGUUGACUGCAGGGGCCCGAGGGCACGGAGAAGAGUUGACGGUAAAUGUGGUGCUUGGAACAUGGCCGGUUUUGAUGAGAACUUGCCUUGCAAAGCUGGGUGCUACUGUCCAGUAGGCAUGGUUCGAAAUUCUAAAGGGAACUGUGUGUUUCCCGAAGACUGCCCAUGUUCUUUUGGUGGAUGGGAGUAUGAGCAAGGAAGUGUUACCCCGGUUGGCUGCAACAACUGUACUUGCGUCAAAGGAUCUUGGAGCUGUACACAAAAUAAAUGUCAAACUGUCUGCCACAUCUAUGGGGAAGGUCAUGUUAGAACUUUUGAUGGAAAAAGUUACAGCUUUGAUGGUCUCUGCCAAUAUUCAUUUGUUGAGGAUUAUUGUGGUCGUGAAAGUGGCACAUUCCGUAUUUUAACUGAAAGUGUCCCAUGCUGUGAAGAUGGGCUUACAUGCUCAAGAAAAAUCAUAAUUGCUUUUCAGGAUCAGAAUGUUGUGUUGCAUGAUGGUAAAGUAACAGCCUCCAAAAUUACAGAAAGUAAAGACUGUGGACUCAGUGAAAAUACAUACUCUGUACAUACCGUUGGCCUGUACUUGAUUCUGAAAUUUCUAAAUGGGAUAACCAUAAUUUGGGACAAGAAUACGAGAGUUUCAGCUAUAUUGGAUCCUCGCUGGAAUGGCAAAGUGUGUGGUCUUUGUGGAAAUAACAAUGGUGAUCUCAAGGAUGAUUUCAUAACAAGACAUUCAUCAGAAGCUGUUGGAGCACUGGAAUUUGGAAAUAGUUGGAAAACGAGUCAAAAAUGUGCAGACACAGUAGCACAAAAUUUCCCAUGUGACUCAAACCCAUACUGUAAAGCAUGGGCUGUGCAAAAAUGUGGGAUCAUCCAGGACAGCAUCUUCAAAGAAUGCCACCACAAGGUGGACCCCGAAGCUUAUAUAGAAGCAUGCAUUGAAGAAGCUUGCUCAUGUGACAUGGAGGGGAAGUAUUUGGGAUUCUGCACGGCUGUGGCCAUGUACGCGGAGGCAUGCAGUGCAGUUGGAGUCUGUGUCACAUGGAGAAAACCAGAUCUCUGUCCUGUCUUCUGUGAUUAUUAUAAUGGACCCGGGGAAUGCAGUUGGCACUAUGAACCUUGUGGUACAGUGACUACAAAAACAUGCAGAGAUCGAGUUAUUGGCCAGAAAUUUUCUGCAGUUUUAGAAGGUUGUUAUGCUAAGUGCCCGGAUAGUGCUCCUUAUCUGGAUGAGAACCUCAUGAAAUGCGUCCGUUUAUCUGAGUGCAGCUGUUUCUAUAAUGAUAUCAUACCAGCAGGUGGAGUGAUUCAGGAUAACUGUGGAAGAACAUGCUAUUGCAUCGCAGGAGAGUUGGAGUGCGGUAGUGAUGCUGCUUCUGCAAACUCAACAUUCACAGCAAUUACAUCAGUAACCAGUAGCUCGGGCGGAGCAGCUUCCACUCCAGUGCUUACAAGAUCAAGCAGUGAAACAAUAG